CACACAAAUUAUCCUCGCUGCUCUUUGUCGUCGAAUGGCACGCUAGCACAGAUUUACAAGAUAUACCCAGGAUACCCACGAAUACCAUAGUACUUGUAAAGUAGUACGCGUAUCGAUAAGGAAUCUUUCCCGGUGGUGGUGGUGCCUGCGCUUCUUGGGCUGAAACCUGCAUGAACUUCUUUCGCUGUGACCAGAGACGCGAUUCACGCGAAACUUCCUCCUCCUCAAGAUGCAGGCAAGUGGAGGCGAUGGACUGCUGACCGAUCUUUGUGCGAUCUGCCAUGCGAAUCCAAUCAAAUACACUUGCCCUCGAUGCGGAAUACACACCUGCUCCCUACCCUGUGUCAAGCGCCACAAGUCCUGGGCACAAUGCUCUGGCAUUCGAAACCCUGCUGCCUACCGAAAGAGAGCCGACUUAGCCACCUCGGCCUCGAUCGACCAGGACUUUAACUUCAUCGCAUCUGUGGAGAGAUCCCUGCAGAAGGCUGACGAGCUGGUGCUCGACAAAGGCAUAGACUUGGCCCCAGCUGGCCUCAGGCCCAAUGCUCCGGCGUUAAAGCAAAAAUUCGCUCUCGAAGUCGAGGAAAGAGGUAUUCGUCUGAUCAAGGCUCCCAAAGGACUAUCCAGGAAUAGAGAGAACAAGUCUCGCUGGGACGGUGCGCCGCACAAAUGCAUCUUGUGGACUACCGAGUGGAUCCUUCAUGACGGCACGAAGAAAAUGUAUAAUGUGAGAGAGACGAGAACAGUGGCACAGGCAUUUCUCGAUGUCUUCGGCAGGAGAGCACUCGGCAGGAAGAGGAAAUGGAGUAGUGCUGAAACCACUACUGCCCCAGCUUUAUCACCUGAGACUGUUCCCAUACAGCCGAGUUCUGUGGAGGAUGAAGAAGCUACGCAGGAUGUGCCGGUAGCAGAGGAAGAAGCUGCUGACGAUUUGCCGGCUGUGGAAGAAGAAGCUGCGCCCCAAAAGACUGCCGAAGAUGACACUGUUGCUGUCCAAGACACCAUAACGGCCGACAACACCUCUGACAAAACGCAGAGAAUACCCCAAGGGGAAAACGUCUCGAAAGUGCUACAAGACGUGCACUUUUAUUUGCUCAGACCGAAUACCACAGCCAAACUAAAGUGUUUAAUCCCCAUAUCGCAGGCAUCAACCUUGAAGGAGGUUGUCUCCAACAAGACGUUGCUUGAGUUUCCGACAUUCUACGUCCGACACGAACCUCCUGAGGCAUUAUCCGAGCCAUUUGUGACGGAAGAAAAGUAUGAGCAGCUGUACGGAUCAGAAAUAUCCAUCAACCUACCUACGUUCCCCGCAGACACCAAGCAGGAUGAACAAGAGCUAAAGUCUCUAGCCCAAAUCGACGAGCAAAAGGUUCUGGAAGUGCUGCAGAAAGAUCUUACAGGCUAGUGACCUGCUGAUAUCUUUUUCAUUGCACCUCAUGCCAGCUUCCCAGGCACAAAAGGAUGACCGGCACUCAGACCACCACAUACCGCCCAGGCCUGACCAUUGACGUAACUAGCCUCAUCACUGC